AUGCCGCCCUCCGAUCCUCGCAUCGCUGCGCUCGACUUCGACGCCAAUCGCAAACGUGGACGGCGGACGUCAGGCUCGCGUCCUCGAAUUGACGAUGAUGAUUUUGAUUUUAUGGGCCAGGUCGCCCAGGAGAUCAUUGAGCGAGAUCGUAUAGCAAUGCGGAGAGAGGUGAUUCGAGUACUGAGCUUUGUGUGCGCUGUGCUCAGUUGUCUUUGUGCCGGGUCAAUCACCUCUUUCUCCCUCUACGGCGCUCGUUUCCUUCAGGAUUUGCACUACACACAACUUCGAGUCAAUGCUGUCUCCAUUACUGCCGAAUUGGCAAUGUACCUCCCAGUCCCUCUCUUCGGAUAUCUAUGCGAUCGCUACUCGCCACCUCCUCUGUCUCUUCUCUCCUCAGUCCUCUUUGGCGCAGGGUAUCUCCUCGCUGCCUAUACAUACAAGUCAGGCCCACCCGCUGACGCAACCAAACCAGGCCACGGUUGGCCUUUCGGCGUGAUGAUCUUGGCCUUUGUCGGGAUCGGGGCAGGGACCAGCUGCAUGUACCUCUCUGCCGUAGCUACCUGCGCAAAGAACUUUGCCAACGCCAAAUACCGAGGUUUCAUGCUCGCCGUUCCUAUUGCGGCGUUCGGCUUGAGUGGCAUGUGGGAGUCUCAGGUUGGCGCGCACUUGUUAUAUGAAAAGCUGCCUAAUGGUCACAAGGGAGAGGUGGAUGUGUUCAAAUACUUCAUCUUUCUGGCUGGGACCUUGAUUGGUGUCGGUCUUCUCGGUACCUUGGGGCUGCAGAUCGUGGAUGAGGAAGAACUCAUUGAUCACGGCGUGGAGAACCUUGAACGGAGUGGUCUCUUGGCCGAGAGUGAAUUCUACCACGACACUUCUCGUGCUCCCACCCCCAUCAACUAUGGUACCAUUGGAGACGAUGAGGAGUCCGGCGAAGGCUCUGGCACGUAUUCGGACGACGACAUGGACUCGGAAGCCGAACGGAACCUCUCCGAAUCCCAGCUCGUCAAGAAGCGCGACCAAGACCGGCGCCUUCGCAAGAAGAAGUACUGGCUUCUCAACCAUGCGACUCAUACUUUCCUGACAGAUCGAACUAUGUGGCUUCUUGCCGCAGGGUUUUUCCUGCUCACAGGACCUGGAGAAGCAUACAUCAACAACCUCGGCACCAUCAUACCGACUUUGACGCCGAGAGAUUACAACUAUAUCGAUGGUGACGGUAAUAAAAACCCUCCGGCGGGCCACGCAAGCACACACGUCUCUAUCGUCGCCCUCGCAUCCACCUUUGCGCGGCUCUUCACAGGUUCACUAUCCGAUCUCUUCGCUCCUCCCUCGAACCCCGAUUCCCCACCUACCAAUCGAUUCCAAUUCUCUCGCCUUGUUCUGCUCAUACCUUCAGCAUUCCUCCUACUCCUCGCGUUUCUGAAUCUCGCUCUUCCUGCGCUGACGCUUCAGCACCCUGGUCUAUUCCCACUCUCGUCUUCUCUGGUGGGAUUAGGUUACGGAGCAUGUUUCAGCCUCGUGCCCAUUAUUAUCUCUGUAGUAUGGGGAGUGGAAAACUUUGCGACGAAUUGGGGGGUUGUAGCUAUGAUGCCUGCUGGGGGAGCUGCCGUGUGGAGUCUCGUUUACUCUGCUGGCUAUUCGGCAGGGAGUGCGCAUUCACCGGAUCUCGAGGAUGGAGAAUGCCGAGGCUACUUGUGCUUCGCGGCGUGGGCGUGGGGCUGCGCAGCGAGUGUGAGUUUGGCGAUCUGCUGCUGGUGCGUGGCUUGGAGGGUUUGGAAAAGCCGAAACGUGGUCGUGUAG